AUGGAGGCAGUUGUUGUCGGAGAUGUGGCGUGUUUGGACGCGGAGCUAUUGCAGCUCCAGGAGAUGUCUCCAUUAGCUCUCAAAUCCAAUCCUGAAUUCACUCAAAAGCUUUUCGAACAGUGGCUUUCGCUUCCUGAUACUAACAAGCUGGUGACAUCAUUGGUUAAUGAUGCAAAGGCUGGUAAUCCCUUAAACGUUCAUGGAAAUACCUCCAGUGGAAGUACUGCCACGAGCAAUUCUUUACCUUCCAUGUUUCCUGCUGGCAGUGCACCUCCCCUUUCACCAAGAAGUACAUCUGGUUCCCCUCGUAUAACAAAACAAAGGGUUGGUCCUUCAAACUUGGGUUCUCCACUGAAAGUAGUUAGUGAGCCCAUGAAAGAGUUGAUACCUCAGUUUUACUUUAAAAAUGGUCGUCCACCUCCAAAUGAGCUUAAAGAACAAUGCAUGUUUCGAAUCAGUCAGUUUUUCUAUGGCCACCCAGAUGGGCUGCAGCUGCAUGGUAAGAUACAUGUAAGCAUUGCUUUAAUAGAUGUUUCUGGAACUCUUCUGAUAUUUGUGUUUUACUGUCUAUAUGUAUCAGAGUUCAAACUAGUGACUAAGGAAAUUUGCAAGCUGCCAUCAUUUUUCUCCCCAUCACUUUUCAGAAAAAUUGAUGUUAAUAGCACUGGUUUGAUUACAAGAGAUGCAUUUAUUGAUUAUUGGGUCAAUGGCAACAUGUUGACGAUGGAUAUAGCUACCCAAAUAUAUACAAUAUUAAAGCAACCAGAUCUCACAUACCUCACUCAGGACGACUUCAAACCUGUUCUUCGAGAACUAUUGGCAACACAUCCAGGGUUGGAGUUCUUACAGAGUACACCUGAGUUUCAGGAAAGAUAUGCUGAAACGGUAAUAUAUAGAAUAUAUUACUACAUAAAUAGAUCUGGGAAUGGUCACCUCACUCUUAGGGAGUUGAAACGUGGAAACUUGAUUGAUGCCAUGCUACAUGCUGAUGAGGAAGAGGACAUUAACAAAGUUUUGAGGUACUUUUCAUAUGAACAUUUUUACGUGAUAUACUGCAAGUUUUGGGAGCUGGAUACAGAUCAUGAUUUCUUGAUUGACAAGGAGAACCUUAUCCGAUAUGGUAACCAUGCGCUUACCUACCAGAUUGUCAAUAGAAUAUUUUCUCAGGUUCCAAGAAAGUUUACCAGUAAGGUUGAAGGAAAGAUGGGGUAUGAAGAUUUUGUCUAUUUUAUCCUAGCAGAGGAGGACAAGCCAUCUGAGCCUAGUCUUGAGUAUUGGUUCAAGUGUAUAGAUUUGGAUGGUAAUGGAGUUAUCACACGUAAUGAAAUGCAAUUCUUUUAUGAGGAGCAGUUGCAUCGAAUGGAAUGCAUGGCCCAGGAGCCUGUGCUCUUUGAGGACAUCUUAUGUCAGAUAAUUGACAUGAUUAAACCAGAGGAUGAGAGCUAUAUCACAUUGUGUGACCUGAAAGGUUCUAAACUUUCUGGAAGUGUUUUCAAUAUCCUUUUCAAUCUUAACAAAUUCAUGGCCUUUGAAACUCGUGAUCCAUUCCUCAUUCGUCAGGAGCGUGAGAAUCCUACAUUGACAGAGUGGGAUCGUUUUGCACAUAGAGAAUAUAUUAGGCUUUCAAUGGAAGAAGAUGUCGAAGAUGCCUCUAAUGGAAGUGCAGAAGUUUGGGAUGAAUCACUUGAGGCUCCCUUCUAAGCUGAAUAGGGUGCUCAGAGAAGAGCUCCACGCACUUCUUCUAUGCUGGGCACCAGAAAGGGAAUGUCAACCAAGGGAGUCGGGCCUUGAAUGGGCGGUCGGAUCUCAUUGGAGGAAAUUUUUGAGCUUGGCCUUGUGGGAUGUACUCUUGAUGCACAAGUCAGGAUUUUGAGGCCUUUGCAUGCAUGAUUUGACAAACAAAUGAUGAAUCAUGCAAUUGGGGCCAGGCUUUAUUUCUAAGCAAUUGUCACAUGGACGAGUAAUUGCUGGGCGGUGAUAAUUGAAAUCCAGGUUUAAAGAAGCUCAGAACAUUUUACUAUCCUUUCCAUUCUUGAAUUUAAGAUACAAUCUAAGUCCGUUUUUAUUUUCCUCCCUUGGGUCCUAGUUGGUUCAUUUAGUGAUUUCAUCAAGUAUGGUUGGUUACUGGGUUGGCGUGUUAGCUCUCUAUUUAUGUAGCAAUUUUGGUUUGGAUCGUGGUCAUUUAGCAAUUGAUUUUAGUUGUUUCCUCCUUCCCCCGCCCCUUUUUUUUUUUUCAUUUCCAUUUUGGGGUUUUUUUUUUUACCAUUUAGUCAUGUGUUAUGAAGAUAGAUUAAGUAAAAUGGUGUAUUUAUUUGUGAAAUUCGAAAUUGGUGUUGUAAGUUAAUUGAAUAAAGAGGUGGGAGUUACAAUUGAAAGUGGUAUUGGGAAUUAUUGAA